AUGGCCUACAGAUCGUACAGAGUAUGUCUGUUUUUUAUAAAUUGUUAUUAAAUUUUAAUUAUUUCUUGUUUUUGCAGCCCCGUACGGAUACGGUUAUCGUUAUCCUUUGGCUGCCGUUACUUCUUACCAACCUACUUAUCAACCGGUUAUGGGCAGACAUGCAGUUACUCGCGUGUAUGCACAGCCAAUUACCAUAGCACACGUGACACGGAUAAAUAAAAUAAAACCCGGUACGACUACUCGAUUAAAUAAUAAUUUACAUAACAUUUUUAUCACGGAUUAUUUAAAAGCGAUGUGAUAUUACUUUUAGAUUUUUAAUAAAUCAGAGGAAAAAAUGGUUAUGUGUUGAUAUAUUAAUCGAUUUAUUUGGUAAUCUAAAACGAUAAAUUUAACUUGUUUAGGCCGUUCUAAAUACAUUUUGUGCACUGGCAUUUUCAUUUAUGUACGAAAUAUUACAGAAUUUUAUAUUUUAAUAUUUUUUUUAAAAGAUCCAUAAUUUUAAGAUAAAAAAACUAGUGCAUAAUUAGGAUCAUGUAGAAAAUAUGGAAAAAAUUUAAAUUUUAAAUUUAUAUGCAAUACAUAUGCAUAAAUGUAUUUUUAAAAUAUUGUCAGAUUUGAAAUUAUUGAAACAUUGGUUUUUCAAAUAUACUAUGUUCGCUGAGGCAUUUGUAGGUAGUUCGAAUCUUUUUGAUUUUAAUAUUAUAAUUAUGGCCAAUUUCUUAGAGAUACAAUGGGAAAUUAUAUUUUCUACUGACUUUUAUUCAAUUCGCUAAAUACAUAUUUAUGAAACUAUCUAUGCUUUGUUUCAGUGCUACCAUAUUACUCUCCCCUUGUGUUACCUAUUAUGAAAUACAAGCUCCUUAAAAAGAAAUCCAAACAUAUUAAAUCACCAAAGAAAAAAUAUACUCGUCAUGUUAGUGAUAGAAAGUACGUUCUGACAACUCAUGAUUUCAUGCCUUUGGAAACAGACAAGGAUGAUUUUAAACAAUUAGUUUCAGAAAUACUUAAAAAAAAAAUUUUAAAACAUCUUGCCGAAGUACUUGGAUUAAAAGAUGACGCCUCUAAAAAUAUGCUGGAGUUAAUUAAGAAGCUAUUAAAAAAUCAAAAUAACGCAUCAGAUGAAAGUAAUGAAACAGAAAAUAAAAAGGGGAAAAUAAAAAAUAAAAAACAACCAGAAAAAUUUAAAAAAGAUAAUGAAGUAGAUAUGAAUGAAGAAAAGAGCAAAGAAGAUGAGGAAUUUAAAGAGGAUGAAAAACAGAAAUUAGAAGAAGAAGAGUCUCUUAAAAUAGAAAAGGAACCAAAAGAAAAGAAGAAAUACAACAAAAAAGAGACACCAAAAGAAAAACCAACACAAGAAGAAAAAAAAACACCAUAUAAUGAAAUAAAUUCAAAUGAUAAGGGUGAAAUCACCAAUGAAGUAGAGGAACCCGAAGAGGGUGAAAAUAAUGAAGAUAACGAGAAUGAAAAUAUAAACCUUGAAGAUGAGCCACCAAAAGAUGAAAACCCAUCAAGUGCUGAAAAAGAACCAAAUGAUAUAGAAAAAGCAGAUGAAUAUAAAUCAAAUGAUGAAGAUAAUCCAAAACCUAAAGAAGUAAACAAACCAAAAGAGAAUAGAGAAGAACAGCCAGAAGGUGAAGAUUAUGAUGAAGAUGAUGAUGAAAAUGAAGAUGAUGUGAAGACUCAAAAUAAUGAAAUAAAACCAAAUGAUAAAAACGGAAAUAAUGAAGAAGAUUCACAAAUUCCCCCCAAAAAAUGUAUUAAUGAAAGUUACGAGAAUAAAAAAUUAGAAGAAAAAGAAGAAAGUAAACCGAAUAAUGAAAUUAAUGCAAAUAUUGUUAAAAAACCAGAAGAUAAUUUUCAACUAAAUGCUGAAAAGAAACCAACUGAUGUAAAGACUUCAAAUAAUGAAAAAGAAACAAAUAAUAAGAAUAAAAGAUCUCGAGUUUCCAAAAAAGACAAAGAGGACGAAGAAGAAGAAGAAGAAGAAGAAGAAGAAGAAGAAGAAACUGUUGAAGAUGACGAGAGUGAAAAAAUAGAUCUUAAUGAAGAGCCACCAAAAGAAGAAAGUAAACUAAAUAAUGAAAUUAAUUUUAACACUUUUAAAAAACCAAAGGAUGAAAACCAACCAAAUGAUGAAAGUCAACCAAAUGCUGAAAAUGAACCAACUGAUGUAAAGACCCCAAAUAAUGAAAUAAAACCAAAUAAUAAGGAUACAAAUUCACAAGUUUCCAAAAAAGACAAAGAGGACGAAGAAGAAGAAGAAGAAGAAGAAACUGUUGAAGAUGACGAUAGUGAAAAAAUAGAUCCUAAUAAAGAGCCACCAAAAGAAGAAAGUAAACCAAAUAAUGAAAUUAAUUUUAACACUUUUAAAAAACCAAAGGAUGAAAAUCAACCAAAUGAUGAAAGUCAACCAAAUGCUGAAAAGGAACCAACUGAUGUAAAGACUCCAAAUAAUGAAAUAAAACCAAAUAAUAAGGAUAAAAAUUCACAAGUUUCCAAAAAAGAGAAAGAGAACGAAGAAGAAGAAGAAGAAGAAGAAGAAGAAGAAGAAGAAGAAGAAGAAGAAGAAGAAGAAGAAACUGUUGAAGAUGACGAGAGUGAAAAAAUAGAUCCUAAUGAAGAGCCACCAAAAGAAGAAAGUAAACUAAAUAAUGAAAUUAAUUUUAACACUUUUAAAAAACCAAAUGAUGAAAACCAACCAAACGAUAAAAAGAAACCAAAUGAUGUAAAUAAAUCGAAUAAUGAAAAAAAGUCAAAUAAUAUAAUGAAAUCUAAAUAUGAAAGUAAACCAAAAGACAAUGAUGACGAUGAAAAUAUGUCAGAAGAUGAUUUUGAACUUCCAGAAGGCGAAGAUGAGUACGACGAAGAAGAUAUAGAUGAGUUAAACGAGAAUCCAAAAGGAAAAAAAAUACAAUAAUGUAGAACCAAAUAAUAGAAAAAAAUAUAAUAUAAAAGAUUCAACAAAAGGAAAAAUGAUAUAAUGACCUAUAAUACAAAUGAUAAAAAAACAGCCACCGAAACGAAAAAGUAAUAACAGGUAGUGGUGAUGAUUUCAAAAAUACUACAUUGGGAAUAAAAUACAAAAUGUAAUAUAAAUAAUAUAAUUUUUAAAUAACCUAUAAGACCAUUUUUGUUCUAAUAAAAUAAUAUGAUAUAAAAUAUUAUGUAGGUAUAUUAAACAAAAUGUAGAGUACAAAAGCAAAAUACUUGUAAUGGCAAUA